AUGUCUAAGCUUCUUAAAGGCGGUAUCGUCCUAAUUCAUGGAGAGGGUGAUAAAGUCACUCCUACCAAGACCGAUGUAUUCAUCCAAGGAGACCGGAUUGUCAGCCUCGACAACGAUAUUUCCGUUCCACCAGACUGUGAGGUCAUCGACUGUACUGGCAAAAUCAUCAGCCCUGGAUUUGUUGAUGCGCAUCACCACCUCUGGCAGACUAUGCUCAAGGGCAUGUAUGGCGAUUCUCAGUUUCUAGAAUACCUUGCAGGAAUCAACGCAUUGGCUUUGGAAUUGACACCCCAAGAUAUCUUUUGGGGCAAUUUAUCAGGCUGCAUGGAGGCUCUUGAUGCAGGAACAACUACGGUUCUUGAUCAUGCACAUUUGAACUGGACACCAAAACACAGCAAAGCAGCGAUUGGCGGCACUUUGACUUCUGGAAUCCGCUCCAUCUUUGCCUAUUCCCCUGUUUUCCGAAUGAAGUCUGUCAAACCAAUUGAAAUCGACGAAGAGCUCUUCCCCGCGUGGGUUAUGGACGAGCUGGAAUCAUUGUCCAAGACACCGGCCCUUUCAGACCCUUCUUCUCGCGUCAAACUCGGCUUUGGCUUUGACUUUUGGUUUCUACCUAAAGGCUUCGUAGUCGGAUUGUUUGAGAAAAUCCGAUCUUGGGGGAUUGAGACAGUCACAACACACAAUGUGCGCUGGUCUAACAAGACCGAAAGUCUGGUCAAGAAGGCGCACGAUUACGGCUUGCUCGAUCGCCGUCUAAUAUUCUCCCAUGCGGGCGGAGCGUCUCAAGAGGACAUUGAUUUACUGCUUCAAUCGGACUCAUACGUCGCCGUUACCCCGAAUACCGAACAGGCCAUGUGUGUUGGCCCAUCGGUCUGCUUUAACAAGGACCUAGUGGGCGGCGACAGAGUUUCUGCUCUAGGAAUCGAUUGCCACUGUGCCACUAGCAGCAACAUUGUCAACGAAAUGCGCUUAGCUCUGCAAAGUGCCCGAGGACUCGAUUCGGCGGAACAUCGCAGAAACGGCACUACGCCAUAUGUGUCAUUCCACACAAGCGACGAGGCGUUCAACUUGGGAACCAUUCAAGGCGCUCGCGCACUGAACAUGGAGAAGGACAUUGGGUCUAUUGCUGUCGGCAAGAAGGCUGAUCUCGUCAUUUUUGACACCCUGACGCCCGCCAUGCUUGCUGCUGCUCAAAAGGCGCCUGUCAUGGCGAUUGUGCUUCACUCCAGCGUGGCCGAUGUAGAUGCCGUUCUUGUAGAUGGAGAAUUCCGCAAGCGGGAUGGAAAACUGAUUGAUGUAGCUCUUGUGGAUUGGGAUACACAGGGAACUUUUACCAGAAAAGGAAGCUUGUCAAGCUGGCGAGAUGUUGGCAGGGAGUUAUUGGCAGUGCAGGAAAAGGUGGACGCAGUGCUGCCAAGACUGAACCUUGUGGAGGUUGAGGAAUCCUUCAAGCAAAAGUUUGCGCAGUUUUAG